AUGCGACAGUUACAAAAUGGAGAGAAACAAGAUAGGGAGUGGCUAGUAUAUUCAAAUGCUUCAGACAAAGUGUUUUGCUUUUGUUGUAAGUUGUUUAAGCAAGAUAGGAACGAUAUUCAUUUGGCUACUGAUGGCUUGAAAGAUUGGAAGAAUAUGGGGAACAGGCUUAGAAGUCAUGAAACUAGUAAUGAACACUUUAUUUGCAUAAGCAAAUGGAUUGAAUUGGAAAGUAGAUCGAAACAGAAUGAAACAAUUGAUAGAAGUGUUCAAGAACAAAUCAACAAAGAGAGAGAACACUGGAGACAAGUGUUACUAAGGAUAAUUGCUAUUGUGAUCACUCUUGCUAAAAAUAAUUUAGCUUUUUGUGGAGACAAUGAGAAGAUUUAUCAAGAAAGAAAUGGAAUCUUUUUAAGCUUAAUUGAAAUGCUUGCCAAAUUUGAUCCAAUAAUGCAAGAGCACAUUCAACGUAUUCAAAGAAGUGAAAUUCAUUACCAUUAUCUUGGUCACAAAAUCCAAAAUGAAUUGAUACAGAUGUUAGCGAGUGAGAUUAAGAGUACGAUUGUGGCAAGAAUCAAAGAAGUGAAAUAUUUUUCAAUUAUUCUUGAUUGUACUCCAGAUGUUAGUCAUGAAGAGCAAAUGUCUUUUGUGAUAAGAUGUGUAGAUGUUUCAACUAGUCCGGUAAAGGUAGAAGAAUUCUUUUUAGAAUUUUUGAAGGUAGAUGAUACAUCGAGGUUGGGACUUUUUAAUGUACUUAAAGAGGCAUUGCACACACUCCAACUUGAUAUUGAUGAUAUAAGAGGGCAAGGAUAUGAUAAUGAGCAUUCUACACACCAUGUGGGUAACUUUGAGUUUUUGCUUGGCAUGAUUAUUUGGCACAAUCUGUUGUUUGCUGUUAAUUCUGUUAGCAAGACAUUUCAAGCUGAAGACAUGCAUAUUGAUGUUGCUAUACAUCAAUUAAAAGGACUCAUUACAUUUCUUGAGAAGUAUAGAGAAACUGGAUUUUUGGAGGCCAUGAUUGAAGCUAAAGAAGUUGCAAUUGAAAUGGAUAUUGAGCCUACAUUUCGUGAAAGGCGUGUCAUUCGUAGAAAGAAACAUUUUGAUGAGAAUGUUAGUGAAGAGGUUGCACAAUCAGCUGAAGAAUCCUUUAGAGUUAAUUAUUUCAUAUAUAUAAUAGAUCAAGCUCUUUCUUCACUUAAGAGUAGAUUUGAACAAUUUCCAGUGUACCAAGCUCCACAAAUAAGAGAUGCUUUAAUUCAGUUAGAAAAAGAAUCUGAUGAGCCCAAUACAAAGUGCGAAGCUCAAUCCUUAGUUACUGAAAUUGAGAAUUUUGAGUUUUUACUUGGCAUGAUUAUCUGGCACAAUCUGUUGUUUGCUGUCAACUCUAUAAGCAAGACAUUUCAAGCUAAAGACAUGCAUAUUGAUGUUGAUAUACAUCAAUUAAAAGGACUCAUUACAUUUCUUGAAAAGUAUAGAGAAACUGGAUUUUUGGAGGCCAUGAUUGAAGCUAAAGAAGUUACAACUAAAAUGGAGAUUGAACCUAUAUUUCGUGAAAGGCGUGUCAUUCAUGGAAAGAAACAGUUUGAUGAGAACAAGUUAAAUUCUACGAAUGAUGAGUGCUUGGAGACUUAUUGUGCUAAUCUUGAAGAAUUUUUGAAACAUGAUGGACUUAUAGAUGUUGAUGGGAGAGAUUUAUUUUCUGAGUUGAAAGUCUUCAAAAAAGUUUUGCCAAAAGAAAUCAAUAGGCCAAUUGAGGUGAUGAAUUAUUUGAAAUUGAUAGAUGGUUGUUUUCCAAAUGCCUGGAUUGCGUAUAGAAUAUUUUUGACUAUUCCAGUUACUGUUGCUUCUGGAGAAAUAAGUUUUUCAAAGUUAAAAUUGAUCAAAUCCUACCUUCGAUCAACAAUGUCACAAGAAAGAUUGAAUGGAUUAGCUAUAUUGUCUAUUGAAAAGGAUUUGGUAGACAAAUUAGAUUAUACAAACUUAAUUAGUGAUUUUGCAGCUAAAAAUGCAAGAAGAGUAGUAUUUAAGUGA